CAGUGUGUGACGUAAGAGGAAGUAGGUAACGCCGCGGCCUGUGGUUGGGCGUUACAGGAGUUGGUGCCUCACUCUGAAGGUUCCCCAGCGUCGGGACAGCUGAGCUGUUUCAGAGCGCCAGCAACUCUCCUCAAGCCCAGCAAGGUAACAUCGCAUGGUUUGAAUUGGGAAUGAAAUCUAAAAUCUCGAACAGAAAGCGUUUUGUUCAACAUGGAGGACAAAAGACGGCGAGCCCGAGUUCAGGGGGCCUGGGCUGCUCCUGCCAAGAACCAGGCUACUGCCCAGCCAGGUACUACUGCUAGGAGCCAUCUUUCCCAGACACCGGGGCAGGCCUGGAAGAGCAAGGAGCAACAACGGCCUGACAGAGAGUUUGUGUUCGAAGAGCCUCAGCUGGUUGUGCGGACAGCCCCAGAACCCAGAGUGAUUGACAGGGAGGGUGUGUAUGAAAUCAGCCUGUCACCCACAGGUGUGUCUAGGGUGUGUCUGUAUCCUGGCUUCGUGGACGUGAAGGAAGCUGACUGGAUAUUGGAGCGUCUUUGUCAGGAUGUCCCCUGGAAACAGAGGAUGGGCAUCAGAGAGGAUAUAACUUAUCCGCAACCAAGACUUACAGCAUGGUAUGGAGAGCUUCCUUACACUUACUCAAGAAUCACUAUGGAACCAAAUCCUCACUGGCAUCCCGUGCUGUGCACCCUGAAGAGCCGCAUUGAGGAGAACACUGGCCAUACCUUCAACUCCUUGCUGUGCAAUCUCUACAGGGAUGAGAAGGACAGUGUGGACUGGCACAGUGAUGACGAGCCCUCGCUGGGGGCCUUUCCCAUCAUUGCCUCGCUUAGUUUUGGUGCCACCCGAACUUUUGAGAUGAGGAAGAAGCCCCCACCUAUUCCGAAACCCUGGAGCCCCAUAAAUGUAACCGAAUGCAGGAACCUUUUUUGAGUUGACAGCCAUGGAACUACUUCUCAGGGCAUACAUCUUCUGCAAAUGGAUCUUUUCCUGAAGAUUCAAGGGAAUCAGUUCUUCAAAUCUUUGUCUACUUUUCCAUCUAAAUUCAGGUACUGGCUCAGAGAAUAAAACCCAUGACUCAUAACCCAAAGUUAAACAGGAUGUCACUCUUCUGUGUGGCACUUGGAGGUCUGACUCUCUGUACUCUUAGGACCUGUCUCUGAAUGUUACUACUGGUUGGAGUUUUCCUGUCUGUCAGCAAGACAUUUGAGUUAAUGGUUGUAGGAAGGACUCUUGUACACUCCCAUUCGCUUUGUCCUAUCAGAGGGGAGCUGUCACCUGUCUGAUUGGUUUCUCAUCUGAAGCAGAUAAAGGCCAAGAGAUUUCCUGGGUUUCGCACAGCUGUGGAGUUUUGAGACAAGGCCUUUGGGGGCUACUUUCAAAGACUUUGUUUGUUUGUUUGUUUGUUUUUGAGACAGGAUCUCAUGUAGCAAAGCUGGACUUGAACUUCUGAGCCUGCUGCUUCUGUGUCCCCUGUGCUUGAGGUGCGUCCACCACCACGCCCAACUAGAGCAAGAGAAACCGUCUUGCUCCCACUCCUGCUUUUUUUCCCUUCAGAUUCAGACUCUUCCACCCCUGUAGCAGCUGCUUGCCUUGCAGUCUGCCGCCUGCAUCAGUCUGGCUGCUGAUCUGCUGGAAGCUGCCCCAUGUUCUACACACUAUUUCAAACAGUUUUUCCAUGGCUGACAUGGAAGGCCAUCUCCAGUCCCUACACACCCUCUGAUGUGUGGAUUAAACAUGGACUAACAAGGUGCCCAUCCUUCUUCUUUCACUGUCCUCUGCUCCAAGCCUGUGGAGUCUUGCUCUAAUUUUGAUUUUAGAGUAAACUACUGUUUCCUCUGGUGGCAGUAAGGUACAAAGGGUACAGUAGUUUUUGUUGGUCUUGUUCUGCACCUUGUCCCUUCCUUCGUGUGGGUUGAGUCAGAAACUGGCCAGUGCCAGCCUGUCCUGUCCUAAGACAAGGGAAAGCACACCAACUACAAUCAACAGACCUUUGUACCCUAUCUGAGUGGGUUCCUGAAAGCUUUUCUGCACUACUUCUCCCGAGCCUAGUUGUACUAUACAAACUACAUCAUGUUCCUGUUUGCAAAGAUUAGCCUGGUUCUUUCCCCAUCUAACUCUAAUUCUAUACAGACGUGCAAACUAGAAAAGGAACUACAAAAGCCACUUGGCAGGCUGCUAUUUCUCUGUCGGUUACCGUGGAAACAGUGAUGGCUGGGGGGGUGUUAUUAGAUAAUAGCAGGAAGUUUGUGAUGCACUGGAGGGUUAGAUGCCAAAAACCUUGUUUUUGUAGCAAAUUACCUUGGAUAAGCUCUUUUCCUGAUCAGCCGAGUCGUGCCUUUAGGAGGGGCUUCUCUCCACCGCAAGAUGAUUGAGUUGAGGCAAAAGAGGUUUCUCUCUGGCCAUUUCUCUCCCCAGCACCUUAUGAAAGAUGUGCAUCACACCAGUGGGGGUGGCUGUAAAAGCAAGACUAAUGGUAGCAUCUCUGAGAACACACUUCACUAAAUGAUUUGUUAUACACUCCUGGGAAUACUGGAGUACUGAAAAGUCAGCUUGAUCAUCAAUAUUGAUUUUUUUUCCUGGACUUUAGAAAGAAGGAAAAUAUUGAUAUUUAAAAUGUUAUGGCACUGGGUGGCUUAACCUUAGAAGCUGGAAUGCUGGAACUGUGUGACAUUCAAAUUAGUGACUGAGCCUCCACCACAGGCAGUGAUACCGCCCCCCUACAGUUUUCAGUCAUCUGUCCUUUUAAUUGUUUUGAGACAGAGUCUUGUUUGACUUAACCACCCUGGCCUCAGGCUCACAGUCUGCUUCCCAAAGGCUGGCAUUACAGUUGACCACCAUCCAGGCUCCCUCUUCAUUAAGCCGUCUGAUCGCAGCGUCUGUCCUGAGAGCUUACAAGAAACACUUGAAAGAAGUUCUUUAUGACCUGUUCUUCUCAAACACUCUGCAGGGAAGGUGGGAAGGUCAGCCUGGCUUCCUGAUCCUGCCCCUGGGCUGGGAAGCAGCACUUACCCAUACUCUUCUCUCAUAAAGGGAAAUGAUCAUUGGUAGCGACUUCAGGGGAAUUGUUGAAAUGCUUUUCCAAGACGGUUGCUGGAGUAAUACUACUCUAAGUGGUAUGUUCAUUGGUGAUUUAAUCAGGAGCUAGAAAAAGGAAAUAAGUGCCAUGAGAGUGUAGACUGGAACAGGGGCAGCCGCUGGGUCAGAAAUAGGGAGGGGCUUUUGCUCUCCUUGGAGGCUGGGGGUGAGAAAAUAAACAUGCAUGGUGAAGUGAUGAGCAAAAGAGAUGCGUUGUCCUGUAGGACUUGAAACCCUUUAGACUUGCAGCUCUGGAAGACGUGCAAUUGUCAUUUGUGCCCUGAUGGGUUCUGGAAAAUAACUAGUUCCCAAGUUUUUGUAAAGAGUCUCACUGUGUGACCCAGGUUGGCCUGAAUUUUGGAUCUUCCUGAUCAGCCUUCUGUAUAUUUGAUUUUAAGUAUGCCACCAUGUCCAGUGAA